UGGAGCAUGAUCAGAACCCAGCAGUGUCAUCUGUGGAUGCUACAGAUUGUUCGGGUCCUGUUAUGCUCUGGGGUCCCAGUGGAAAUGGAAUGAUCUCUGGACUGCUGGACUGCAUUUAGUGCUCUUUGGUGCUGCUCUGGUCACAGGAGAUGCCUUCCAUCCUUUGGAGCUCUUGGAGACUGAGUCUGUUGUGGUACCUACUUUGGGCGCAGAGGCAAACGGAAAUCACCUCUUAUACUGACCAUCAUGCAGAGGGCGUCACGGUUAAAGUGAUCCUGUUGUUGUUUAUGGGGUGCAGUCUGUUGUUGUGUAUGUUCAAGAUGGGUUACUUCAUACUCAUGAGGCGGUAUCGUCCAGCCUGUAAAGUCAUAUUCCCUUUCGUUGAAGCUCCAUUCAUCGCCCUGCAGAUGUAUUUACUCUGGGCUCAUUCCAAAGACUCAGUCAUAAUUACAAGAUCCUCACCAGUUCCAGAAUGGAGUCGGGAAGCAGCACUACGGGUUUUCGGCCUGGUUUGUGCUGGUGAAUGCGUGUCAGCCGCUUACUGUGUUUUACCGUAUGCAUUCUGUAGGAGGCCUGAUGGAGAUCUUCAUAUCUGCAUGACCGCAGAUGUUUUGGGAGGAAUGGAGUCAGAUCUGUUGAGUUGA